GAUUGGAUGAGCAAUCAAAGUUUUUUUUUGUAUCCAUCCCUAGACACCUUGAGCCCAGGCUGACACAACACAUCUUGCGUUAUUUGCGUGGGCCUGUAGCGGUGUUGUGCUCGUCGUCUUCUCGUCGGUGAUGGAAAACACCCGCUGUUUUGCCAACCGCUUCUCCGACUACAAAGGUGCGCUUCUCCCAGGCCAAGGCGCCGAAACUGUGGUGCCCGCCGUCAUCGCCACCGUUGACAAAAUCCUUAAAAAGGUUCCCCUGGACUCCAGCGACUGCGACGGAGGGCUGUACGAUGGGCCGGCCGGGGUGGCCUACAUGUUGUUUCAUGUCAGCGAGUGCGCUUUGUUCUCCGAGCAGAGGGACGCCUAUCUCAAGACAGCCAAGCAGAUCAUCGACGUGUCCGUGAGAUAUGUGGACGCGGAGCAGGACAAAAACAUGCGUGCCGCCUUCCUCCUCGGCGGGGCGGGCAUCUACGCGGUCGCGGCUAUGAUCUACAAAUCCAUGGGCUUGGCUGAUUUCGUUAAGCCCCUGACCAAAUUUCGUAACCUGUGGGAGGUGUGCGCGCCCAUCAGUUUUCUGGAGUGCGGCUCGGAUGAGCUGUUUGUGGGACGGGCAGGGUACCUGUGCGCUGCCCUGGUCCUCAAACAGAAGCUGGGCAUAGAGAUUCUGAGCAAGGACCAGAUUAAGUCUAUUUGCCAUGCCAUCAUUGAGUCGGGAAAACAAUAUGCCAGGAGAAAGAGAAAGCCUUUCCCCCUCAUGUACUCCUACUAUGGAACGGAGUACCUUGGUGCAGCCCACGGCCUCUCGUCAGUGCUGCAGAUGCUGCUGUGCUACCAGGACGUGCUCAGCGCGUCAGAAAAGGACCUGGUGUGGCAAAGUGUCGACUUCCUGAUGAACCAGGAGCAGAACUGCAACUGGCCUGCAGAGCUGGGCGCCAUGAUCGAGAGGGAGAACGAACUGGUGCACUGGUGCCACGGAGCACCAGGUGUGGCAUAUCUUUUUGCAAAAGCCUAUCUGAUCAAUAAGAAACCUCAGUAUCUGGACACAUGUAUCCGCAGUGGUGAGAUGGUGUGGCAGAAGGGUUUGCUGAAGAAGGGACCGGGGAUUUGUCAUGGCGUUGCAGGCAGUGCUUAUGUCUUCCUCUUGCUCUAUCGCCUCACAGGCAACUCCAAAUAUAUCUACCGUGCUCAAAGGUUUGCUGAGUUCCUGUACACCGAGGAGUUCAAAGCAGGCUCUUGCUCGGUGACCAGUGUUUACAGUCUCUUUGAAGGCCUGUCAGGGACAGUUUGCUUCCUGGUCGACCUCCUGCAGCCCGACCAAUCAGAGUUCCCUCUUUUUAGUGUCUUUGUUUGAACGGACCCAGGGUCACUGGCAUUCGCUGGCCUCAUCAGACAUCAUUCUCUCUCUCCUUUCCCUCAACUUAACAACUAGACUGGCAAAAAGUUAGUAUUUUAGAUUGUAGAUUUAAUUGGUUAUUAGAACAGGUGUGGAGGGAUGGAUGGUAUCUGUGUGGGGUUCAGAAGAUGACAUUUGGUCUAAGCCUGGCUUAGAGUAGAAUAUGUUAUCGUUUUGUCUCUAGUAUGAAGUGGAUGUUCAGCUUCUAGGCUUCAGUAUAUUUAUUUCACUUAACAUUACUCACUUCACUUUACAGUGUAGGCAGUUGCACUAAAACCUGUGUGUUGGGAGUUUUGGAGGUGGUAUGCAGCUUUGGUGGAUGAAUUGCAGCAUACUCUGCCUUGAUGCUGCUCUCAGGUCAGAAAAACACACAGCAUAGAUGUAUCUAAAAAAAGAAAAAAGGUAGUUGCACCUAAUUCACGCAAAACCGACU